UUGAAAGCAUACCACUUCCUUAUUUCUCAUGUGAUUUGUUUUUAGAAAUCAUCCAGUAGAGUUGACAGUUUUCGGAUUGAUCGAUGAGAUUGUAAUAUCUUAAGCUAAUACUAGUUGAUCAUUUCGUGGAUUCGUCCCGACUUACUGAAGGAGCAUUUCAGUCAUGUCCAGUAGGUACCAGAUCGUAGUGCAGGGUGAGGCCUCUGAGACGGACUCUGAUGAUGAAGUUUACAUCACCUCCAUGGCUGCUCCUCAGCUGGCCACCGUCGGAGCCAAGGUUCCCGGGGAGGCGUCUGAAACUGACAGUGAGGAUGAGGAGGAGCAGUCGGGCCGAGUCUCUGCUCUGAGCCAGGAGAGCGGUCAGAUCCUCAGGAGAGACCUCCCCCCUCUUAUCGUAGUCCGAGACCAUCCUGAUAUACAGUCUAUAGUGGAGGAUAGGCCCAGCCCCACACACAGACCACAUGGGGACACCCUGUUACAACAGAAGUUGCAAGAAUCAAACAGCCGGCUGUACACAGAUGUUGGGCAGACACUACGGCAUGUUUAUGGCAGUGCAAGUAGAGAGGUGCAUAAUGCUACUGCUCAGCUGACUACCUCACAGAGUGCCAUCAUCAAUGCCUCCCACAGCAUCCGAUUAAUCCUGGAUGACCUUAAAGCAGUUUCUGAGAAGAUUGACAUCAUUACAAGUUGUCAAAUACUGCCUGAUAUAAGCAUCAAUAAUCUAAACAAUUCUAAUGCUCCUGCACCUUGAAAUACAAAAAAAUAAACAUAAUGUAAACUAAAUGUGUUCUUCUUAAAAUUAUAAUUGAAGUACAAUUUAAAGUGGCAAAGUCAUCAAGUCAACUUUAUUGUACUUCUCUGUUUACAGCUAAUACCUAUGCAUAUGAACAGGUAUGUACAUUAAACAGUCACACACUAAAGUGUGUUUCUUUACUGUAUCUCUGUGCCUGGAUCUGUGGGGGUAUUUCUUUAAAAAGUGGAGGAAAUGCAGUAAUUAAAAUUCCACAAUUUCAUGUUUUCAGAUUUUUUUUUUUUACCAGGAAUGAUUGGUCUGAAAUAAUAGUAUUAUUACUCUGUGCACUGGUUUUGGUUUCAAAAAAAUAUUUUAUGUGUGUUUUUUUCUGGUCCACUGUGACAGGAUGAGAAGGUAGACUUGUACAUGUUUCACAAUAUCAACACAUUUCUGUUUUGACAGUUGUUAAUAAAUAAAACUUUCACCAUAA